AUGGACGAACUGAAUCACUCACUCCUCUACACGACCCUGGAGCUCGAGCAGACCCGGAUGGCGGCUCAGGAGGAGCUCAAGAAGCGAGACGACCAGCUGAUUCAGCUCAAGGAGUUUCUUGGAAAAGCAAUUCAUGAAAGAGACGACGCUCAGGAGAAAUGCCAGAGGGUUCUGUUCGAGACCCUCUUGCUCCACCAAAAUUACCACCAAAAUGCUCCUCCUUUGUCCGGGAUUUCCAGCGUUGAAGACGAACCUAGAAGAGAAAUCGACUCCAACAACAACAACAAUGGGUUCUCGUCUUCGGAUUGCGAAGAGAGCAUCGUUUCCUCCCCGGUUCUCGACCCAAUUCCACCGCCGCAAGCGCAUGCAGGCCAAUUGCCCCUGCCGCUGCCGCGGCCGGCGGAGGAAGCAGGGGAGGUGCUAGUGCCGGAGCUAGAGAAGCUGUUUCCGGAAAAGGGGAAGCUACUGCAGGCGGUGAUGAAAGCAGGGUCGCUGUUGCAGACUCUGCUUCUGGCUGGGCCGCUUCCUCAAUGGAGGCACCCGCCCCCGCCGCUCGAGUCAUUUGAGAUACCGCCGGGGGCGACGAGGGUGGAGGCGGCGGGUGCGGGGUUGUUUCCUGGCUGCUGCUGCCUGCUGGUGGAACGUCGACGAUGGUGGAGGCGGCGGGGUGACAAGGUGGAGGGCUGGAGCGCCGCUGCGCGAGAAGGCGAGAAGGGGGAAGGGGGCUGCGCGAGAAGGCGAGAAGCGGCGAUGGAUUUGGGAAUUGGGAGGAGGAGGUCCGAGGGAGUCGACAGACUCGGCACUUAA